GUUUUCCCUGCAGCAGCAGUGAGGCCUCCUCUUCCUGCUGAUUUACUGCAAAAAUAACUUGGAGGCUCUUUGUGAACAUCUUGGUUCUGCUUUUGUCUUCGAGCGGAUUGACAUCAGAGCAGGAAGCUUCAUCAUGUAAAGAAGAGGAAACUUCUUCAGCGACAGUGAGAAGAAAAACCUGCACAAUGUCCCGUAACUCAGACCCGUACAUCUUCACCACCGACACCCUCCCCAGCGACCUGCGUUUCCUCCCUCCUCUUGCAAAUGGCCUCCUGGGCUGGAAGGUGUUCAGCAGCGUCAUGCACAUGGGUGGAGUUUAUAACGGGGAGGCUGGACACUGCCACCGCGCCGACGUCCCCUGUCCUCUGGCUGUGAAGAUGGAGGCAGAGGACCCCGCUCAACACAGCUACACCCUGGACACCCACACAGGUGUUUUCUGCCACACGCUGAGCUCAGCAACGGAGACCGCCACCCAGUCGCUGUAUUCUCAUCGCUUUUACCCCAACAUCUUGGUGAUGGAGGUUCUGUUGGAACGCCACGUGACCUCAGAGGAGGCGGUUACAGUUAAUCUGGUCAGCUCAUUCACCCCUCAGAGCAAAGACAUUCACUUUGAGUCCUGUCCGGACUACAAAGGUGGAAGGCACAUUGAAGGACAAACGACCACGGCUGAAUUCCCCGGAGGCUUCUGUCCCACCGUCCAUCUUAUCUGGACGCCCGUUCCUUCCUCUCUGACGCUGCUGCCGCAGCAGACAAACGCUCGCUGGGGGUUCUUCCUGGUCGUGGCCAACAGCUUAGAAGCUGCCACGUCCAGCUAUGAUGAGGGCUUGAACCUGAUGGUGACCGGAGACCUUCGCCCGUCUCAUGAGGAGGCCUGGAAGGAGCUGUGGCUGCAGAGCAAAGUGGAAGUAACGGGUUCUGAGACCCUCUGCAAAGCUCUUAUCGGCUGCAUGUUCUAUCUUCUUAGCGCCUUCCCGUCCAUCCAUGACACCUCCAGCUGCUUUGGAGGGGUGAGUCCAGGCGGGCUCUCGAAUGGCGGCGACGGCCAGGAUUACUGGGGCCAUGUUUUUUGGGAUCAGGAUGUUUGGAUGUAUCCAGGAAUUGCUCUUUUCUACCCUAAGCUCGCCCGAUCUGUGCUGGAGUACCGAGUGGGAACGAUAGAUGGCGCAAAAGACAACGCCCAGAAGCAGGGCUAUAAGGGAUUGAAGUUCCCAUGGGAGAGCGCCGUGUCUGGGAGAGAGGUGUGCCCAGAGGACAUCUAUGGGCAACAAGAGAUCCACAUCAACGGAGAUGUCACGUUGGCCUUUCAACACUAUCUCUACCUCACUGAGGAUCUGUCCAUGUUCACAGAGGGAAAGGGCAGCGAGGUGAUCUACGGAGUGGCUGAUUACUGGGUUUCUAGGGUAACAUUUAACCCUGACGACAAGAAAUAUCACCUGCUUGGCGUUAUGCCACCAGAUGAAUAUUACUACAACGUCAACAACUCUGUGUACACAAACACUGUGGCCAAACUCAGUCUCCAGUUUGCCGUUGAGCUGGCGGAUCUUCUUCAACAUCCGGCACCAAACGAAUGGAGAGAAGUUGCUGAGGGUAUCAGCAUACCUUUCGACCAAGAGUCGCAGUUCCAUCCUGAGUUUGACGGCUACAGUAAAGGUCAGCCGGUGAAGCAGGCCGACACAGUGAUGCUGGGGUAUCCCCUCGGCCUGCCGAUGACGCCCGAGGUUAGGAGGAAUGAUCUGGAAGCUUACGAACCAGUCACAGACCCAAACGGGCCGGCCAUGACAUGGGGAAUGUUUGCCAUAGGCUGGCUGGAGCUGGGUGAAGCUGACAAAGCUCAACGUUUACUUGAAAAAUGCUUCAAGAACAUCCAGGGCCCAUUUCAGGUAUGGAGCGAAUCAUCGGACGGCUCUGGAGCAGUGAACUUUCUCACAGGUAUGGGAGGAUUCCUGCAGGCGGUGCUGUUUGGCUACACCGGUUUCAGGGUUCAGAAGGAACGCUUGAUCUUUUCCCCGCUGCUUCCGGACGACAUUUCUGAACUGUGUCUCCGCGGCAUUAACUAUCUGGGCAAUCAGAUGGACUGGCUGCUCAGGAAAGAUGACGUCUGCAUAAUACUCAGGCAGCAGACUGGCAGAGCUGGAAACGCUAACCCCCGUCAGCUGCAGGUUGUCCUGAAGGCAUCAGGAGCUAAAAUCCCUCUAACAGCAGGACAGCCGGUGACUUUUCCUCGCGAGGCGGGCUAUAUAUGUAAAAUGGACCCACCGUCUUCCUGCUGGCCACUUUGAAACAAGAUCAAUCGCCCUCUUUAUUGUGUUUAAAGGAAAACUUGCAAAGUUACUAUUUCUGCAAUCUUUUGUUACAUCUUCCAAUUUUCAAUGAUGAACAUGGAAAAUAAUGCCUAAUAAUAUAAAGGGACAAUAGGGGAUAAUUUAGUAUAAUUUGUGCUUUAAGCUUGGAGGAUAUUUUCCCAAAUUG